AUGGCCGUCGAAACUACUACUAUAGUCGAGCCCAAGACACAAUUGGAGGGAGUCCUUGAGGAUCUGUCCCUGGACGACAAGGCAACCAUCACCAACCUAAACAAUACACCAAAGCAGGCAACCGAGAGUCCGAGGAAGGUGGUUCACACUAAAAUUCAGUUCUAUGGAGGACCUUUGGGGGUUGCACCGGAGCCCAUGAUAAUUGGAGGCCCAGAUGAUCCCAUCAAGCCAACUCCCAAAGUCUACGCCCCAGUGACCAUUACCGAUAUCACAGGCAAAGAAGACGAAUAUAGUCUUGCCAUACACGGCUUCCAGCUUGCUAAGCACAAGUCCAAGUUGGAAAAAAUCGAGGCCGACAUUAACAAUGAUGAGCUGGUCAAGAGGGUGCACUACCCCGAGAUGAGAGAGUUUCUAGAGGGAGUUUUGCACAAAGUCCCUGGCCUACCAAAGCCGCACAGCAUCCACAUCCUCACCCACAUCCUGCGCAGCGGCCCAGAGGACGGCGAGCCAGACAAAGGCCCUUACGGCCCGUUGUAUACUUGUCACGUCGACCAGUCCGCUUGGGCGGCCGAGGGAGUGGCUCGGCGUUGGAUUAAAGAUGACGUCGAGGCACUGCUUAAGCUUCCGCGUUACCAGAUCAUCAACAUGUGGCGUCCCGUCCGCCCAAUAGAACGUGACCCCUUCGCAGUGACGGACGCAAGGUCAAUCAGCCCCGACGACAUUGUGCGGGUGCCGCUCAAGUUCGCGGAUCACGACGCCGAGUCCAUCGAGAUGCGCGCCAACAAGGACCAAAAGUGGUACUACAAGGACCACCAGACCACGGACGAGGUGCUGCUCUUCACGCAGGUCGACACCACCAAGCGGAAAGGGUGGCCCAAGUGCGUGCCACACGCGGCGUUCAAGGACCCGGACAUGGAUGAGAAAAAUGGCCGGCCAAGGUUUAGCGUCGAGGUCCGGGCGAUGGUGUUUUAUGACGAGGAUUGA